CAGGCCGUUCGGAACGUAAGUGCGCCCCGGCGGCCCUGCCCUCGGCCCUGGCUCCUGCCCCCUAAGUGCCCUCUUAUCUGUCUGUCGGUCUUGCACAACGCCGCGAUGCCAGCCCCUCUGGAGACCUGUAUCUCGGACCUCGACUGUGCCAGCAGCGGCGGCAGCAGCACCAGCGACCUGUCCGGCUUCCUCACCGACGAGGAGGACGGUGCCAGGCUCCAGCCCUCCGCGUCCGCCUCGGGGCCGCCUGUGCCGGCCCGCAGGGGCGCACCCGGGAUUCCGGUCACAUCAGACACUCCUCGGGCCCAGGACGAUGAGCAGGAGAGGCGGCGGCGCAGGGGCCGCGCACGGGUGCGCUCAGAGGCGCUGCUGCACUCGCUGCGCAGGAGCCGGCGCGUCAAGGCCAACGACCGCGAGCGCAACCGCAUGCACAACCUGAACGCGGCGCUGGACGCGCUGCGCAGCGUGCUCCCCUCCUUCCCAGACGACAGCAAGCUCACCAAGAUCGAGACGCUGCGCUUCGCCUACAACUACAUCUGGGCUCUGGCCGAGACUCUGCGCCUGGCCGACCAGGGACUGAGCGGGGGCGGUGCCCGGGAGCGCCUCCUGCCGCCUCAGUGCGCCCCCUGUCUCCCGGGGCCCCCGAGCCCCUCCAGCGACGCGGAGUCCUGGGGCUCCGGCGCCGCUGCCUCCCCCUGCGCCGCUGCCGCCUCGCCACUCUCUGACCCCAGUAGCCCCGCGGCGUCCGAAGACUUCACCUAUGGCCCCGGCGACCCGCUUUUCUCCUUUCCAGGCCUGCCCAAAGACUUGCUCCACACGACGCCCUGUUUCAUCCAUUACCACUAGGGCCCCUUUUGAAUACCGUUACUUUCCCGCUCCCCAGUAGAUGGGGGCCCAGCUGUGGCCUCGGGGUCCCUGUCCAGGCGGAGGGAGGAAACGGGAGCUUUAAGGGGACAGGAGAUACCUGAGCCGCUUGUCAGGUCGCUGCACCCUCGCAGGGGCUACCCCUUGGUCCGCUUCUCCAGCCCUCCGCCCGGGGCCCCUCCUGCCCGCCCCUAGACGGCCUAUCCUUUUGCACUUUCGGAACUCCACAAAACCUCCUUUGUGGCGGGCUCAGAGCUGACCCCAGCCACCACUUCAGUGUGAUUUAGAAAAGGGACAGAUCAGCCCCUGAAGUCGAGGUGAAAAGUCAAUUUUACAAUUUGUAGAACUCUAAUGAAGAAAAAUGAGCAUGAAAAUUCGGUUUGAGCCGGCUGACAAUACCAUGAAAAGGCUUAAAAAGGAGAGACAAGGAGUGGGCUUCAUGCAUUAUGGAUCCCGACCCCCACCACUGCAGGCUUGCUGGAGGAAGAACCCCAGACUCUUGCGUAGCUAUUCAGGCACCGGGCUGGAGAGUACUUUAAUUUAUUCAAGAUGCUUCAUUCAUAUGAAAAUGUAUUUUUGUACAUAAAGAGUUUAUUCUAUUAUUAUGAGCUAUCAAAGUUUACAUUUUUGUACUGCAGAUGUUUCAUGUAAAUAAAUCCAAAUAAAAAAGAUAAGAAGUCACCAAGUUUCUUGCUUACGGUUGGGGCUUUUCUUCCUUUCCCCUGGCUGGGGCUUUUCUUCCUUUCCCCUGGCUGCUCACCCCCUAAAGUGAAACACUAUCCGCAACCACCUUCAAACCUCCAGUCCUGUUUCAAAAAUAAUCAGAAAAUAAAAUGCCCCUGAUUUCCACCCAGAACUGGAUCAAAACAGACCAGGGCAUUUGAGAUCUAUCAUUUCCUUGGGCCUUGUCAAUGCAAGGGAGACCUUUCAGGCUCCCCAUAAGCCAAUUAGGACUUUUUAGUGGGGAAUUAGCCCCGGAUAUGCAGCUACCUGUAGAGGUGGGGCGGUGGGAGAGUCUUUCUUUUGAGAAACUCCACAUCAGCUGGCUCUGUGUUUCAAAGAGAGGGGAUUAAAAAGAUCAAUAGUGUGACCACUGGCUACAAGUCCCAGUGACAGGUGGGCCCAGGCUGAGCAAGCAGAAGGGUCCGCGCCUAGAACAGCCUCUUUAGAGGGGGAAAUUGAUUUGUAAACAAUGCCUCCGAACUGUUCCCUGAAACUGGGAUCGCCCUGAUGGGGAGGUGCCGGUGUGGUGUCCCUGGAUGGCUGUGAGGCUGCCAAAAUUGGGAGUCAGGGUGUCUGCACUUCUCCCACACUCCCCCCGCCCCCCACCCCACAACACACCGUGCCCACGAGAUCCACAGAGGGGGACAUGGGGUGGGGACUCAGUCGUGGUUUGCUCAGCGAACCAGGGGCAAGAGCCAAAGCUUUCAUUUGCUGCCAGAGAAAUCGGCCGCCCAAACUCAGUGGGGAAUUUUCUGGCGGCAGAGUGUUUGUCUGCUGUCCGACAAUCAGCUAACAGCACUGGCCAGCAGCGGCGUUUGUGUGAAAUCUCGAAAAGUGGAUAAUUAUAAGAGAUAGUUCCUAUAAUGCAGUUGCUACCUGUUCCCCCAGCUCAUAAGUGACCCCACAUUAAGACCCAUUUUUUUUUCUCAUUGGGUUUCCCCUUUUCAUGAAUAUGGUCAUUUAGUGGAAGGAGGCAGAAAGGGGGUUAGGAAAAUGGUAUUGUACAGUGUUAGAGAAAUCCUAUCUGUUUAGGAGGUGAAUAGAAGCAGAGGCCCAGCAGUAGGGCCCCUGGUAGCAUCUUCUCCUGCGGAAGCCUUUUUCCUCCUCAUACGCAUGCCCUGAGAUAAGCCGAAUCCUCUGCGCCAGAUGCUGGGUGCCCCCCAGGAGUCACUGCCAAGUCCAGCCAUGGUCAAGGAGCUCCCUUUCAGAUAAAAAGACUCCCUUCCAGAAGUUGGAAGCUUUCUCUAACUAUCUUCAGAACAGAGACAAAGAGACUUCCAGGAACGUCUUCGGAAGUUGUGAGGGCUCAGAACAGAGUUGCUUCUGCUAAAAACUCCAAGGAAACAACUUGUCUCCUGAAUGACCCUACGGGGCCCUGCUCCAUUGUCUGUCUCAGAAUUAAUUCGCUCUCCCAGCUUUGCAUUUUCCGAGAGCAAAAGACACAAGCGAUCUGCAUCAGCUUCUCUGCUCUCCCAUGCAUAGGAUGCUCAGAAGUGCCUCCCACCAGCCUUCUGAGGGGCUCGGGUAGGGUCUGCAAGAAAGCAGGUCCCCUAUGGACACAGCUCAUGGUGUAGGUGCACGUGUCUGGGCCAGAGAAAGAGAACAGCUAAUGCACAUCCAUGUCCCAAAGCUUGUGGGGAGACUACCAGCAAACAAACAUCCAGCACAUUGCAUGCAUCCUGGAGCCAAGGGCGGCAGCAGGAGCUUUGUCUCCUACAGCUGCCUCAAGCCAGCACUGCAAACAGAAAAUGCCACUACCCGCAGGACUGCAGCAAACCACACUCCCAACUCUGUUACCAAAACAGGCUCACAACUCCAGGUACAGAGCCCAGAGCACCUUCCACCUAAAGAAACAUCUUUAAUGUCAGUUUCUGGGGUGAGUCUCCACCCUGCCAGUUAACACUGUCCAUUCUUCCAUGGAAGCAAAUCUCUAGGCAGCCUUUGUAGCCCCGGAAUAAGAGAAAGAAGGAAACUGAUUGAAAAUGCUUAUCCCGGGGUUCCCUCUGUGGCACAAUGGGACCAGGGGUGUCUCUGCAGAGCCAUGACAUAGGUUCGAUUCCCAGCCCAGCACAGUGGGUUAAAGGAUCUGGCAGUGUAGCAUAGGUCACAA